UAAGUUGAACUCGGCCAUUUAGUACAUGCAGCUUAAGACUUUCAUGGAUAUCGUUAAAGAAUUUUGAUAAAAAGUUUUUAAUUGAAAACUUCAAAAAUUUUUUUUUGUAAAGCAAUUUGUGCGUGUGGGCGGCGACAUUUUAUGUUAAAUCAACGGAAAAUUAGAGUUUAAGCGUUAUGCGAGUUCCCGAUAUUCCCGUAACAGCUGGAUACGCUGCACAAUCACACAAUACAACAACAUUUGGUACACAUUAUCAAGGCGACAACAAAACAGGCACAAAUAAAAGCUUUUUAUCGGUACUUGGCGGCGAACAAAUCAAAUACGAGAACCUACCGAAGGAAGGGAAUCAAUAUCAAGAUCGUCAAGCAUUGGGGCGAAGGUACAGCUCUUCGGCAGAUGAGUUUGUGCAAAAAGCUUUAAAUUCUUCGCCCUCUGAAUAUACACCACAUAGAUUCAAUUAUAAUCUAACAACGCCCCAUUAUUGCUGCGGAGCACUACCACCUGAAGCCGAGAAGGAGCAAUUUGAUGACUUCUCCAAUAACGACGCUCAAAAUAGUACAGGCAACACUUAUAAGAGUUUUAAGGAAAUUUUUUCUACGAAUAAGACUUUCUUUGAAGAUUGCGUAAGAGAUUUUGAAAAUAUUAAUAUUUUAAGACAACAAUCUGCAGAGAAUGUAAACGAUACAGAUUGGGAUCCGAUAGAGUUCAUUAAUUUACAUGAAACGGACCCGAACGAUCAGAAAUGCGAUCUAUAUGGCGAUCAACAAUCCUCAACUUUAAAUAUUCACCAGCAGUACGUUAUGAAUAGUGACCGAAACGAAACGGAACAGGUACAAAAUUCAUUUCACACAACUGAACGAUCGGAAAAAACAAUUUCAGGAAGCGCGAGAGUUUAUGAACAAGACUUAGAUGAUAAUGAAUACGAUGAUCAAUCUAUGAUUGAUUUAGCCAGCGAAACCAAAUCUUUCUACGAUAGCGAUGAAAGAGAUGAUGACUUCUUAACGUCAGCAUCAUCUUCGAGCGGAUCUUUGCAAACCCCCAAACGAUCAUAUUUUCCCAGAGGCAUAAUAAAUCCCAACUAUCCAGGUUUUCAACACUUGGCCCAUACGCUCUCCGAGCAUUUUGUAAAUAGUUCGCCUUCCGAUUCCUACGACAGUGAUAUGUCCGAAUAUGAAAUGGAAUUAAGCGCCGACAGUUUUGAUAGUCUUGUCGAGGAGAGGUCACAAAAACAUUUGAACCUCUACAAUAAUAAUACACCGCAAUCGAUCAUGAGUCCCUUCAGCGAAGAGGAUACACGAUUAGAGUUUGUUCGUGGAAAAGAGCAAAACGAAGAGAAAACCGAAAAUGAAAGUUAUUAUCAACUUUGUACUUCCGAUGUGCGUCAUCGAGGACUUUCUCUGGAUGAAGCUAAUAAAAAUUCAAAUCAAAAUCUUAGGCGUGGAGUCGAUGUUAAAGAAUUGCAAGAAAAUUUAGAAAAUGCUUUAACUUUAUUGGAUUCAUCAACUUAUGGUCAAACCUCCAAUAAAAUACCCGAUAUAUCUAUUACACCGGAUAUCUUAAUUAAGAAUGCUCAUCUCACUCAUAUCGAAUUUGAAUUGAAACAGGAAAAUCGACCAGAUUUACUACGAGGCGUUAGUCCGCAACCUCAUCGUAAAGUUCUGACAGAAAACUCAAAGAAACCGGAAGAAACUAAAACGAAUCCCGUAAAAACUGAAACAUUUGCUUUUAAUGGCGGUUAUAAUACACGAAAUCAAGAGAUCCGUGAUGAGAUUUCGUUGGGCUUAACGCCGGUAGACAUUAUUGGUGACUUUGGUCAGGAGGUCGAACGAGAAUUCGGACUCUUAGUUAGUGGUUACAGGCGUCUAGUGGAUGCAAAAAUUUCUAACAAAACACCCACAAUUAUAUGCGCGGAAGAAAAGGUAUCAGAUGCUACUUUAUCUGUUGCUAAAGAUCAAAUCGAUUCAAGUAAAUAUUUAGAGGCCUUUAAUAAGCGAAAAGAAGACCACAAAUUUCAUAUCUCGAAUGAUCUACCUGACGAUAACGCUGUAGAUAUGCCUGAACGUAUAUACUCUACCGAAUCAUUUCAAGAGCAAAUAAAAGUCAUGCAGACAAGCGCUGUGACCGAGAAACAAGAAAAACCUAGAUACCAGAAGUCCUCCUACGAUGAACGUCAAUUGCCUCCUGUGGCCAUUGAAUAUAAACGAUGUCAGCAAAGCGUACGCUUUAGUAAGAAAGCACAAAGCAAUGAGAAACCUGCAAAGUCUGGAACCAUAAAAGCGACCCGAAAUCAUUACACAAAACCGAGUAUCGCGAGUCGCUUGUUGCAUCCAAAACGAGGCAAUAAAAACGAUAAGAACGAUAAUACCACCAAUCGUAAACGAGAGGACACCGAAUUUCAUCAAUAUCAACAAUUGAUCAGCGAUAAAGAGCAGAUAUUAAGCAAUAGCAAAUAUGCAAAAUUAUCAUCUUGGGCUCAGUACCUGAAGAAUUCAGUUAAGGAUCAUAAUUCUCGAGGCAAUAGCGCAGAUUUGUUAUCUCCCAGUGCUUUGGACCUGUUUGAUGCUUAUAAGAUUGGUACAGAAAUUGAUACGGAAACUUUGCAGAAACAUUUAAAAAUGGCUAAGGAAAUUGAAAAAAAGAGACGCAAUGAUCGUGAGGAAAUACGUCGACGCUUGGCUAUGGGUACUGACGGCACAUGCCAGGAAUUACCGGCAAUGAGAUCAAUAAGUUGGAGACCAAACUCGCAAUCGCAAUUACAAAAUGACUUUACACGUGUUACUGAAAUUGCCUCCGAUACGGAAACGAAUAGUUCCGAUUCGGAGACGUGCCCGAAACUUUCAAAGACAAAAGUUCCCAAUAAUAGUAGUGCGACUUUUAGUGCGGCAACUGUUGCUGAUAAAUCUUUGCAUCCCUAUCAUGGCCGGCCGCUUACGGUCAGCUGUUCAAACAGUAAUAACACAAAUAAUAAUAAUAAUAAUAAUAAUAAUAACAACAACAACAACAACACUUUAAAUAAUCAAACGCAAAACACAGAUAUAUCAUUUGAACCGUAUAGUAAGGAAGAUAUGGAAUGUGAUUUUUUUACCAAACAAGCGAAACUACAAAUUGAGGCACGAAUGGCUUUAGCUCAAGCAAAAGAAAUGGCUCACAUGCAAAUGGAGAUUGAUCGGCAAAAUCAACGAGUAUCACCUAUAACCGAAAUAGUACGUAACUCCCUGCAAAAGAUAGGCAUACGCAUGAGUAAUGAUAAGCGACGUGUCUCGCGGCAAAUGUUAACCGAAUUAAAUAUUGCACAACUACAAAUACUUGUUAACAAUUUACAUACACAUAUUGAGGAACUGAACGAAACUCUUGUCAACUACUUGAUGGAACGUGACGAUUUUCACGUCAACCAAGAUUCUAUGCUGGUUGAUAUUGAAGAAUUGACGCGUUACAUCGGAGCAAAAGAACAUAUCGCCCAGCAAGAACGGAUAUCAAUAACAAGCAAAUGUUCAAAGUAGACAGUAAACAAUACAUACGCGUAAUUUAUUUAUAUUUUAUACACAUAACAUAUAAUGUGGUCACACCUAUUAACACAUACAUAUAUAUAUAUAUAU